AUUAGGUAUUACUAUAUCGAGCGAUCUCAAUUGUGGAGACCUUUUACCUGCCCUCGUAGCAAUAAAUCGGCCGCGAUGCCCUUCUAUCGUAUAAUAAACAGCUUUCUGACACCGACCCCUCGUUCACGAUAAGCACCUGAAAAUCAUCAUUUCAACUUUACUAGCCAUAUCACGAUUUAACAAAGUCAAAAUGGCUUCCAUGGAGAAAGUGUUCGCUGGCUACAAUGCGCGACAGAGCGUUUUAAACGCGAGCAGCAACCCUCUUUCGAAGGGAAUUGCCUGGAUAGAAGGAGAGCUCGUCCCGCUCGCCGAGGCUCGUAUCCCGCUUCUCGACCAAGGUUUCAUGCACAGCGAUCUGACCUACGACGUGCCAUCUGUCUGGGAUGGACGCUUCUUCCGCCUCGACGACCACAUCACAAGACUGGAGGCCAGCUGCACAAAACUGAGAUUAAAGCUACCCCUACCCCGAGAGGAGGUAAAGCAAAUCUUGGUAGACAUGGUCGCUAAGAGUGGCAUUCGCGACGCCUUUGUAGAGCUCAUCGUCACCCGCGGUCUUAAAGGUGUCCGUGGAAACAAGCCAGCAGACCUAAAGAACAACCUCUAUAUGUUCAUCCAGCCUUACGUUUGGGUAAUGGAACCCAAUGUCCAGCCUACCGGUGGCAGCGCCAUUAUCGCCCGUACUGUGAGGCGAGUCCCGCCUGGAUCCAUCGACCCGACGAUCAAGAACUUGCAAUGGGGAGAUCUUGUGCGCGGCAUGUUAGAGGCGGAGGAUCGUGGAGCUGAUUAUCCAUUCCUGACGGACGGAGACGCCAAUCUCACCGAGGGAUCGGGCUUCAACAUUGUCCUGGUCAAGGAUAACACCCUCUUCACCCCAGAUCGCGGUGUUCUCCAGGGCGUUACACGCAAGAGCGUUAUCGAUGCCGCCAAGGCUGCCGGCUACGAGAUCCGCGUUGAGUAUGUGCCCGUUGAGUUGGCCUUCCAAAGCGACGAAAUAUUCAUGUGCACAACUGCCGGUGGCAUUAUGCCUAUCGUAACUCUCGAUGGCAAGUCUAUCAAUGGCGGCAAGGUCGGCCCUAUCACGAAGGCGAUCUGGGAUGGGUACUGGGCUAUGCAUUACGAUUCCGCAUACAGCUUCGAGAUCAGCUACGAACAGAACAAAACAAAUGGUGUGAACGGUUCAGCAAAAUAA